AUAAUAAUUUUUUAGGGUUUGCAAACUGUCGUAGAUGGGAUAAUCAAAAGUCAUGGCUGAGGGAGGAGGUGAUGUGGGAGAUGACCCAAAGGAUGUAAUUAGGAGGUCAUUCUUGUCCAUCAAAGAAAACCUUAUCACUCAUGGACUGCUGUUGGAUGAACUACUUCAGUGUUCUGUACUUAGUGAUGAGGAAAAAGUAGAUUUUAAAGAUUUUAACGAAAGGAAGAUCGGCAAACUACUUAAACAUGUCAUUACUAAAGGAGAAGAAGCAUGUAGAAAUUUUCUGGAAGUCUUAAAAAAUCCGGACUAUGGAAUCUUUCAAAAGUUGGAAGAAGUUCGAAGAAGAGAUUAUAUGACAGUUGAAAGUACAGUAACCUUAAACAAAAACCAGCUAAAGAGUAAACAUGAAACUCUUUUGGUGGAACUGGAGCCAUCCAGCAUUUCUGAUUUCCUGUUUCAAGAAAAAGUUUUUGACAUAGACACCCAUGAUGAAAUAGAUUAUGAAUGUAAAAGGAUCGAAAAAGUGAAGAAAAUACUGAAAAAUUUAGAGAACAAGUCUGAAGAGUGCUUGAAAGUUUUUGUCCAUGGAUUAGAGAUCACAAAACAACAGCGUAUAUUGGAGGUCCUUCAGAACCAAGCACGAGAAACAGAAAAAGGGACAUGUUUGGAGUGUGUAACCUUAAAUUUCCGAGGAAUUAGACGAGAUCUCCAUUUUGAGAUGACAUCUGCACAUCUUUAUGCAGCAGGAAUCAUUCAAUCCAAGCCUACCCAAGAAAGUACAAAAGAGCGGGGCAUGCUGGUAAAAAGUGCAAUGAAAUCCAAAGAGAGGGGAUGUUACAGCCUUCUGAAAUAUUUGGAAGAUACAGAGGAACAUACGUUUCAUACAGCACUCAAUAAAUGGAAGGAGAGAAAACGAAAAGGACGAAACCCAAUCAAGAGACGAAUCCUUGAAUCAGAGAUAAAACGUUACAAGAAUCAGCUAAAAUCUGAACUCCAGCCCAGUGAUUUAAGUGACGUACUCUUAGAGGAAGGAGCUCUGUCUCCAUAUGAACAUGAUGCAUUGGAAGAAACUUCAAGUCGCAGAAUGAAAGCAGAAAAUUUACUGUCUCGCAUCAUUCAAAAAGUGUCGCAAGAGGUACUGGACAGUUUCGCUUACGCGCUUCAAGUUACCGGUGUGGACUUCGAGGAACUCAUUAAAACAAGUGAUGAGGAAGAAGACAUAACUUCACAAAAUCCAGCAAUCAGACUUGAGGCAGUAGGAAAUCCUCAAAUUGCAGAUUUUCCAGGUGGACCCUUACAUAUUUAUGUCAAGGUACAAGAGGAGCGGGACCCCAACUCCCAGGAACUCAUUAAAGUUGUUACAGUCAUCAAUGAUAAUCCCAAUGUGAGAAUCCAACUUACGAAUGAAACACACAUGGCAGUGAAAAAUGCUACCUCAGGAUCAAUUAUCAUUCACCUACGACCUUUGACCGAUGCUGCCAUAGAUGACUUUGUGGCUGAGGGUGGAGCUCGGAUACAAUCCGUGGUGGAGUCCUUGUUAAUGCGGAUAGGAACAGAAAAACUCGAUGGUCAAACCCUGAAUGUGGAAGUCUCAAGAAAAGAUUUAAAUCAGGAAGAAAAGGAAAUUCGAUCAAGAAAACCUGAAGAUGUGAUGUGCAGAAAAAUAAGGGAACAAUGGCAUAUUUUUACUGAUGAAUUGGAACCCUCUCAGAUGGUCACCUAUUUCAUGAAAAGAGAACUUUUCAACGAAUCUGAUAGAAAAAAGAUCGAUGAAGCUAAAGGCAGGAAGAGAAAGAUAGAGGAAGCCCUACAUAUCAUUAUUGGUUUUCCCGAUGACAAGAUGAAAUCUUUUUCGGAGUUUCUGCUGUUUAUGGAUAGAAAGGAUCUUGCUAGUCUUGUUGAUGUUAGCAAGGUAGAGGAUAUUCACAAAGAAGCAGAAAAUAUCAGAAGAGUGGUUUUAGAUCAUUUUAAUGAAAUACAAGAUGAGAUUGAGUCCAGUAUUAUCCAUGAGACAUUUGAGAAGUUUCCACAUAUACAGAAGGAAAUAUUGAGUGGUUUUCUGGCCAGUUCAGGAAAAUCAAGAAAACAAAGAGUUUAUGAUUUUCUCAUGUUUGUCUUGGAAAAUGAUGAUUUUGUCAUAGAAUUUAAAGAGGUUUUGAAGCGAAGUUCUAUGGAACAAUUUUUAAAGCCCUCUCAAAUGGAGAAGAGGAGAAGACCUAAAUUAGAUGCUCCAGUUACCAGUUACAAAACUCCAUCUGAACCACUUAAAGGAGAUCAGCUUUUUAAAAGUAGAUACAUUAUUCAUACCAAUAAGGUGACAGAUGUACAAAGCAAGGAAUCGAGUUCCUUAGAAAAAAUAAUCAGAUCCAAAGAAGAAGAGCCACAGCCAUCAAAAACGGAUAGAAAGCACCUGCCAUUUUUACCCAAGGGAGACAAAGCAUUGUCUGAAAAGAAAUUUGUGUCCAAGUCAUUCCUGGUGGAUCCAAAUGAAUCAAAGCCAAAGGAGAAAGAUGUGGUGGUAGCUAUAGACUUUGGAACCACUUACUCUGGCUUUGCCUACUCUUUCUCAACUGAGCCGUCUCUAGUAACAACACAGGAAUGGAAGGCAGAAUCGGCGGACAAGUCCUUUAUGUCACUGAAGACCCCCACCA